CAGGAUUACAGAAAAUGCCCGGAUUUAAUCGUAAACAACCAUUGAUCCGCAAAGAGUAUCUCUUCUGCUGAAGGAUCGUUAGAUUCGCUGUGCGGCUCGUGCAUUUAGGACGUCGUGUUUAGAAUAGAAGGAAGCCACGGAACCGUUGGUUAUAUUGCCACGAAUCUUCUGCCUACUGCCGGACAUUAUCUUGCCUGUCACGGUAUCGAAGAGGAUAGGAAGAUAUCCUCAGUGAUCUGCUGGAGGGUUUUCAAGGACCAGGGAAAGCCUUAAACAACCCCAAACAACGACAUUAGAACACAAGGAAGAGGUUAAUAAUAAACAGGAGACUGAGCCAGAAUCCAAUCCUAGUAACAGACAUCCCUGAAGCAGCCAGUCACAGCCCACCUAUAAGCACCGACCCACAGCCUGGAAACCCUGAGGGAGAGGAUGGGCAACAAGAGCACCAGCCCCCCUGGAGACCUGAAGACAGAGAUGACUAAGCAAGAGGCAAACAACUCUGACAUUACCUCAGGAAGGAGCCCCAGAGGCACCCCGGGCCCCAGCCCUGACCUGCUAGCCUCACUACAGACCCUGGGAGAACACAGCGAUCACACACUACUGCCACAGUCCCUUCACCAGAUUGCGGAGGCUUACUCCCUGGAAGAGGAUUGGCUAUCAGAUCAGUGGGCAGUGCAGUUCCUGCAGUUGGAGAGACUGUACCAUGAGCGCCUCCUGUCCAACCUUGCCGCCCUGCAGGAGGACUGGGAAAGACAGUGGAGAGAGAGGAACAGAGCAGCUGAGAACCACAGUAUUGGACAGGAGCACAUAGAAAUACUGAGCCAGAUCUGCAGGACACACAAGAGGCCAAUGGUUAGAGCUGUAAAGAGCAUGGACGAUGCAGUGCAGAAAGACAUUCACAACACAAGGGGGCAGUGUGAGGGGACUGAUAGAGAAACAUCUCCAUCCCACUAUGGAAAAGUCACUAGCAACACUGGAAGACAGACCACACCAACAGCAGCCGACCCUGCUGACGGAGAGGGAGAAGAGGAGGAAGGAGGAGAGAAGGGAGGAGAGGAGGAGGGAGUGGAAGAGGUGGACGUGGACGGACAAGAGGUGGAUGAAGAGGAGGUUUUUGAGGAGAGUCCAGAAGAGGAGGUGAAGGUGGUAGAGUGGCCAGCAGGCGUUCCCCAAGCCUCAGCCAAAGACCUGGUCAAACUGUCUCACGUGGACGAGAGCACGUCACCAGACGGCCUGGUGUCCAUCCUAAAAAGGAGGAGGGCGUCGUUAGAUGGCCUUCCGCCCGAGGGUCCUGACACGGCCAAACAGAACUCUAAACGGAAGGUCCGCUUCAGUGAGCCAGAGGAUGGAAUGGAACCAGACGAGAUGGGCGGAGACUCUUGUUUGAUCCUGCUGUUGUUGUGCUUGGUAACCGUGGUUAUCAGUCUGGGUGGGACGGCUCUCUACUGUGCCCUAGUGGACACCUACAGUAACAUCUGCACCGACUUCUCUCACAACCUGGACUUUUACUUGAUGUACAUUCAGCGCUUCCUGGAUGGAUUCAAACCUUGGCUGCCCUUACGCUCCUAGUCGAGGCUGCCGGGGAGCCGUGAGGACAGACGAGGAAGACUCAGGACCAAAGGCAGCGGUACAAAAUGAGAACUUAACAUACACAAAGCCACCAACUGCAGAAGCUGUGGACUCUUAUGGAAUCCUAGGUGGAAGAUGAACAAGAACACACUGUUCAGUCUGAAACUAGCACCUUAUACUGCCCUUGUCAGGGCAAAGAUGCAGUAGGUGUGUGCUGUUAGUGUUCACUGUACAAACUUCUCUGAGACGAGAAGGAUCUACCUGACCUCAAUAUGAAUUGCAGGAAGUCAUGCAUUGUUAACAGGUAGGUAGCUAGGGGAAAAGGCUGAAUCGGUUUAUUAGCAUUGAUCUGAUGGGAGGCACAGGUGCUGACAUUUCUUCCUACUGACAUUUCAGAUGUUGACCAGAACCCUGCCCCCUCUCUAUUUUUGAAUCUUUUCUUUAUUUUAGCAGACUCAAACUUCAGCCAGGGGUUUUGAAAGUGGUGCUCACUAACCAAAAUUGGUCCCAGGUUUUUUUGUACUACACCAUCCAAUAGUGUACAACUUCAUCCCUUUUGUGUGAUAGGUUAUGAAUGUUUCCAAUGUGUAUGAUAUCAUACACAUUUAGCAAAGUGUGUAACAUGCUACACAUUUGUGUUUUAGCUCCUGUAGUACAUCUUUAACCUCAAGACUGGCACCACACAAGCCCACAAAAACUAAGAGAAACUAAAUAUAAAAACAUACAUUUUAAAGUAUAUUCCAGUUUCUGAAUUAAUAAAGAUGUUUAUCUUCUAACAUAAAAUGUUUUAUCUGAGAAGCCUGAUAAAUUAUUUAUCUGAAUGUAAAGCCUUUUAUUAGGCUUUACAUUCUAAAGCCUGAUAAAACUUAAAGUAUGCUAUUAAAAAAGGACAUUUGUAGAUUGAACAGACCGUUUACUAUUAAGUCUCAUUGACUAUUUGACUACUUAACUUGUCAAAUGUAGCCUACAUGUUACAUGUACAUUUUACAUAUUUUUUUCUAGAUCAAGACAAGGGUCCAGAAUUACUCAUACAUUCCUCAGAAGAUACUCUCAAGGUUGUUGACCACUGCUAAUGUCUGAAAGUUCUUUUGUGAAAAAUGCCUCCCUGGAACCGGCAUAUUGUAAAUUAUUUUUUUAUUCAAACAAAGGUUAUGAUAUCAAUACAAUACUCAUGACAAUAUUUAUGAUGUACUAUAUGUAUAACCAAAACUUUAAUAUCCAUGUUGUCAUGAUACUUAGAACUGUACGGGUUAGUCCACCAUCUACAAAAAUAUAAAAAAAAUGAAUAUGAUACAAUACACUUGUAUAGAUACAAAUGUAUAUAACUUAAUAAAGUAAACCCAGGGAAAUAAAAGUAGCUAUAACAUUUAGUUUAAUCCACUUUUUCUACAAAAUUACACACAAUUUAAUUAAGUUGUCUAACCAUUUUAGUUAAUUUACCAACUUCAUCAGACAUGGAUGAGCAAAUUGCUCAACCAUCCUGGAGUAACUGGAGGUUAAAUUGCAAGCAUUGACCUUAUACUGCAAUUGCCAUUCAAAGGCACUAAUGUGUAAAUUUGGAGUUUUGUCAUUGAACAAGUCAUCAUACUUGAUGGCACAAAAAGUGUGUGAUUAAAAUGUUCCUUUUUUCCUCAGACAUAUUUAAAAUGUAGACAAAACCUGGACCACAAUUCACACGAUCCUCUUAAAACAGGCCUGUUGCUUGGAAAAUGCAAAAUAUUCAACACAAUUUGUAACUUCAAUAAGUGUUCUCUUUCUUUGCUAUAUGUUCAGAAAGUGUGCAAACAUGUUAAGCAAAAAUUUUAAGUUAUAGUUUAGUCACAUAGCUGCGGGAAGAUGUUUUCAUCAGGGAGUAAUGAACAGAUAUUCAAACACAUCACGCAAGCUCCAUUUUGAAACAAAAGCACGACCUAGUUGGGAAACCUAGGGGAAAUCUGCAGAAGUUGCUAGUGCAAAAUAACAACAAUGGUGUGGACUACUAGUUGUAGUUGCUGAAUACAAUGUUGCCUUUAAUUGACAUCUAAACAGAUGAACAUUGCUUGUUUUGUGAGUGUAGUCCACCUGACUCACAAAGGAAGCAACUAGGUAGCACGAAUGGUGGAAAGUACAACCUUAAAAGUGACUUUCAGAAUUAUUUCAAGGGGUGCUGAGGCCACAACAGGGGGGAGGGAGGGGCUUCAGCACCCCGCAGCUCUGCUACUUCCCGUGGCUAUGAUUUGCUAUAAAAAAAAAAGUAAAAUGAAAUAAUUGAAAUGAGAACUAAAACUAUUUUUUUUUGUGGUAUAUGUUUCACUGUAAGCAUUUUUACAGUGAAACUACACAGCACAAAGUCCUGUAUUUGUCUUUUAAGGCCAAGCGCAGUCAACAAUAAUAAACCAAUGACAAGAACAUUUUGAUUUAAGGAAAAAUGAACACCUGAAAAUUUGGCCUGUUUGGCUAACUACAUGAUAUUGCAAGGCUGAUUUCAUCAUAACAGACCAAUGACUUGUCAGACUAAUUAUUUAUAAUCAGAUAAAUAAUCAGGACCAAAUGAGGCUCAUGUAUUUAAAAAUGACAUACAUUUACAAAUUACAGUCAUUUAUUAGACUUGAAGGGAUGAUUUCAAAAUUCAAAAUACAUUUUGUGAAAAUACUUUUGCCUUAGUCUACUAUGUCAAGUAUCUCCAAUCUGAAGACGAUGCUGGUGGGCUGUAUUGAAAUCUUGCACCCUCCGUAGAAUUCCUAGAAAACUCUGAUCUAAACUCAGUUCUUUGUUAAAUGACUUUCCUGUGUCUGGCUCAGAGUUCAAAAGAAAUCAAGCAGAAAAGUAAUCGGUCACCAUCGGAAUGUCUAAUGAAAUACAGUAGUUCUGGCAAGAUCUUACGAUUGUCUGACAUUGGAGUCUUCGGUAAAAGUCUUAUUUUCUCACUCUAAACGGUUGCAGUUGACUAAUGUCGAUGAAUGUUUACUAUUGCAAUGAAUGUUGCAUCAUGCAGUCCAUGUUUAUGUUGCCGUAUUUGUUGACUUGUUUCUGCAAUAUAAAUUACAUCAAAAUACUUGGAAUGUGUUGUUAUUUUAUUGUUCACCUGAAGUAUUGUUAGUCUUGUGUAAUCCAGUGAGGUAUAAAAGAACAUUCUUAUUCUUAAUUACCAGACUGAUUACCAAUGUGAGACCUACACAAGUACUGUCUAAGCAACAUUUAAGAGUUUGUGCAAAUACUUUCAAAAUAAAGUCAUCCAUUUA